AUGGGGGAGCUGUCGGACUCCCCGCUCACUCUCUCAGGGUCAUACAGGCAGAAGUUUAAGGGACCACUUUGGAACGCCAGCUCAUCCGGGACGCCCACAGGCUGCAGACGGACGCACCGGUCAGAGGGAGGCUCAGAGGCCCAGGAAAAGAAACGGAAGAGACGGUACCACCUCCUGACUGCUCUGUGCAUCACAGAGUUCCACCUUCACGGCACUGCUACCUGUCCAUCAGCUGCUGCGAUUUCACAGUCACACAGAGAAACUGACACCUACACGGAAUGCACAGAUGGUUAUCACUGGGACCCUAAUACUGAGCACUGCAAAGACAUAAAUGAGUGUGAGACUAUUCCCGAUGCCUGCAAAGGGGACAUGAAGUGCUUCAACCACUAUGGAGGCUACCUGUGCCUUCCCCGCUCGGCGUCGGUCAUCCCUGCUCCAGAGCCCCCCAUCUCGCCCACGGAGGCCUUUAACCCCUGCCCUCCGGGCUACGAGCCCAGCGAAGACAGCUGUGUGGAUGUCGAUGAGUGCGAGCGAGACGAGCACGACUGCCAGCCCAGCCAGCAGUGCAUCAACACAGUGGGCGCCUUCACCUGUCAGUGCCCCGACGGGUACCGCAAGGUCGGCACCGAGUGCAUCGACAUUGAUGAGUGCAGGUACAGGUACUGCCAGCAUCGCUGCGUCAACGUCCCCGGCUCCUUCUCCUGUCAGUGCGAACCUGGUUUUCAGCUGGCGGGAAACAACCGAUCUUGCAUUGAUGUGAAUGAAUGUGAGAUGGGUGCCCCCUGCUCUCAGAGGUGUUACAACACAUAUGGCACCUUUCUGUGUCGAUGCGAUCAGGGCUACGAGCUCGGGCCCGAUGGCUUCGCUUGUAACGACAUUGAUGAGUGCAGCUACUCCAGCUACCUGUGUCAAUACCAGUGUGUAAAUGAACCCGGGAAGUUCUCCUGCGUGUGCCCUGAGGGAUACCAGCUGCACGGCACCCGGAUGUGCCAGGAUAUAAACGAAUGUGAAACAGGUGAGCAUCAGUGCACCGAGGCGCAGACCUGCGUGAACAUCCACGGACGCUACCAGUGUGUGGACAACAGCCGCUGCCAGGACCCCUACGUGCAAGUGUCUGACAACCGCUGUGUGUGCCCCGUAAGCAAGCCGGCCUGUCGGGAUCUGCCCUUCUCCGUGGUCCACCGCUACAUGAGCAUCACCUCGGAGCGCUCUGUCCCCUCCGACAUCUUCCAGAUUCAGGCCACCAGCGUCUCUGCGGGGGCCUACAACACUUUCCGCAUCCGCUCCGGGGACGAGAACGGAGACUUCUACAUCAGGCAAAUCAAUAACAUCAGCGCCAUGCUGGUGCUGGCCCGCGCCGUGUCCGGGCCCAGAGAGUACACGCUGGACCUGGAGAUGGUCUCCGUUAACCAACUGCUCAGCUACCAGGGCAGCUACAAGACCAGCUCCGCCCUCAGACUCUCCAUCUACGUGGGGCCUUACACCUUUUAGAGUAGAGGAAGAAGAGAGGAGGUAUAUUGAUGCAAAAGAAGCUGUAAAGCAUAAGUGGUCAAUGCAGUUCAACCAGUCACUGUGAUGUUAUUACCUAGCUUUUUGUACUUAGCCAUCCAAAGGAAGUGACACUUUUCUGUCUGUAUGAUGUGUAGCAUUACACAUGCAGUACAGUAUACAACACAUUGUAGACGCAGUGACACCCUGAUACAUAGCAGCUUUAAUUAGUGCAGUUUGAGUUGUUCUCGCUUCUUUACUCUCCCCAUGAUAUCACGUCUUCCUUUGUUUUGUACCCAACAGUAGCCCGGCAGCACCGGUCUGUGGUCGCUGCGUAUGAAAGAGAUUUUACUCUGUUCAGGGCGAAAAUUUAUCUUUGUGACAUAUUCCUGCCCUGAGGUGGAGUUAUCUAUGCCUCAUGUCACCGUAUCGAUCUGUUUUCACCAGUUUACGCCUUCUUUUCAGCUCACUUCUGUCUGUCACUUUAUUGUUGUCGGCCCUGUUUCCUGUAGAGACACACGAUUCAGUAACCACUCACACCAGACCUCAGCGACCACGCUCAGCCUUCACCCCACUGCUGGAGCUCUGUCUCACCAUUUCCAAAUUCGUCACAUUGUGUUGUACUUUAUAUUUUUUAAAGAUCUAAACCCAAAUAAAUCGAUAUACCCUUCCAUCAGUGUGUCAGAGUAAGUACUUUUCUGAAAUAAUUUAACAUCUAUCCUGUUAGCAUUGACAACAUUGAGAGAGAAAAAACAGUUCAUAAUGAACAUAAUGGGGUUUUUUUGCUUAAAAAAACCCCUUGGGUUUAGUCUUUGGUUAUGACCUGACCUGAUUCAGCAUUUUUCAACAGUUCGCUUAACAUUGAUAUGCUAGCAACAAUAUUUUGGUAAAGGAUAGUUUGAGGUUUCAAUCUACCCAGAACCCUCUUGCUGUCAG